AGCAUCCUGUUAAACGGUCGAAUUACAAAGAAUAACGACAGGUUGAAUACGCAAAUUAUUUAUUUUCCAAGAACUUUCGUUGUCCGCAACGUCAGGCUCAUUAUCUCCAAGCAUGUCGACCUUUUACAAGGUGUUACUCGUAAUUUUGGAUUAUUUCGCACAUCAGCGGAUGAAAUUCGUGGACCAUCCAGACGCCGGCUUGUCAAUUGAGCGGUACCUUGGCAAGUACGACUAUCCGUUAGAAAAGCAUACGAUAAUUACACAAGACGGGUACCACCUGAUGGCUCACAGGAUUCCUCACGGACACAACUCCAAUGGUACCAACAGGUACCCGAUCGUGUUCGUACACGGUACCUGUGGCGCUGGGGAACUCUUUCUGUUACCGGGCUUCGGUAAGGGGCUAGCGUGGUACCUGGUUGAACGCAAUUUUGAUAUUUGGCUCCUAAACACCAGAGGAAAUUACCAUUCCAGGAAACAUUCCACCCUAAACCCCGACGUCGAUUACCAGUACUGGGAUUUUAGCUGGCACGAAGUCGGAGUUUACGAUUUGCCCGCGAGCAUCGACUACAUUUUAAACGUAACGAAAAGGACGAAACUCUUCUACGUCGGUCAUUCGCAGGGCUCGACCGAAUAUUUGGUGCUAACCACGCAAAGACCCGAAUACAACGACAAAAUCGCCUUGGGGAUCAAUCUGGCACCCUCGGCGUUUCUUGGCGACGGGAAAUACGUUGUGGCCAAAAUCAUAAGCAAAUAUCGAAGACUCUUCAAGAUGGUGAUGCAGGCGUUUAAUUUUCACGAAAUAUUCCCAUACAACUCGAACCCGUAUAUAAGGGCCACAUUGAGGUACAUAUGUUCCGAGGUAAACACGUUCGUCGAUGUCUGCAACUUCAUUUUCAAUUUUCCCGAGGACUCGCUCCGGGUGGAUCCGGAGACGUUCCAGUUGGUCUUUACGUACGUUCCCGCGGGAUGCUCCGUGAAACAGCUUCUUCAUUACAUACAGGUGAUGGAAACCAGUUUAUUUGGUCUCUACGAUUACGGGCCGAAACGAAACAAAAAGCUAUACGGCGUGACAGUACCACCACUCUAUCUCAUUGAAAAUAUCACCGCCCCAACCGCUUACUUUUAUGGGGCGCGUGACAUAGUAACAAAACCCGAGGGCAUCGGUCAGCUAAUUUCGAGGACAAAGAGGAGCGAGGUUCUUAAAAUCGACGAAACGUUCUCCCACGUCGAUUUCCUGUUCGCCAGAGACGUCACGCAGGUGAUCAAUGAACCGUUAUACAGGACGAUUCGAAAAUACACAUCGCUUGUACACUAGAGAGUAAUAAAAUUUAAUAAAUUGCCGGUUUCUAAUUACCCAAAUUAAAAACCGUACUACGUGUUAACUCGGAAGUUUG